UGGAGGAGGCAGAAAGGCAACAACUGCGAGGAAGGAGAAGUCAGCACGUCUGGAAAGAAUUACCCAGUCCUGGCUUCCAGCAGCCCAUUGAACCAGGGACUUGAACCAGCCCCGGCCAAAGACUUUCUCCCGAUUCUGCGCUUCCAGGCUUCUGUUGCGUCUUCACCGGGCUUUUUUUUUUUUUUUUUAAAUUUUAAUACGAAAAAGUGAAGAGACUUUCCGAUAUCGGGGGAGAAGGACUGGAGCAAACGAAAUAAAAAUAAAAAUAAAUUAAUUUAUUUUUAAAGUACAAAUUUUUCUUUUAAGAAUCAGGAGACUUAAGUGCAACGGAAAUAUCAGAGGAUAGUGGCGAAAUUUACUUUUGAAGUGGGGGAGAACCAAACCUUUAGACUCCCCCCCAUCCUUUUUUAAAUGUUGUUUUUAAAUUUUUUAUUUUUCUUGGCCGGCCGUCUCAAAUUCAUCUGAUUUCUUAUUACCUCAAUUUUGGAAACCACCCGCCACCGGCCCUCCGGGACCACACGUACAGGCUGCGGACAACUUCAUGACCAAGAGCUGAACAAGAUGCAUUGUGAGAGGUUUCUAUGUAUCCUGAGAAUAAUUGGAACCACACUUUUUGGAGUCUCUCUCCUCCUUGGAAUCACAGCUGCUUAUAUUGUUGGCUACCAGUUUAUCCAAACAGAUAAUUACUACUUCUCUUUUGGACUGUAUGGUGCCUUUUUAGCAUCACACCUCAUCAUCCAAAGCCUAUUUGCCUUUUUGGAGCACCGAAAAAUGAAAAAAUCCCUAGAAACCCCCAUUAAAUUGAACAAGACUGUUGCUCUUUGCAUCGCUGCGUAUCAAGAAGAUCCAGACUACUUACGGAAAUGUUUGCAAUCUGUGAAAAGGCUCACCUACCCUGGGAUUAAAGUCGUCAUGGUCAUAGAUGGGAACUCGGAAGAUGAUCUUUACAUGAUGGACAUCUUCAGCGAAGUCAUGGGCAGGGACAAAUCAGCCACUUACAUCUGGAAGAACAACUUUCACCAGAAGGGGCCCGGGGAGACGGAGGAGUCACAUAAAGAAAGCUCCCAACAUGUCACCCAGUUGGUCUUGUCCAACAAAAGUAUUUGCAUCAUGCAAAAAUGGGGUGGAAAAAGAGAAGUCAUGUACACGGCCUUCAGAGCGCUGGGACGAAGUGUGGAUUAUGUGCAGGUGUGUGAUUCAGACACCAUGCUUGACCCAGCCUCUUCUGUGGAGAUGGUGAAAGUUUUAGAAGAAGACCCCAUGGUUGGGGGUGUUGGGGGAGAUGUCCAGAUUUUAAACAAGUAUGAUUCCUGGAUCUCCUUCCUCAGCAGUGUGAGAUACUGGAUGGCUUUUAACAUAGAAAGGGCCUGUCAGUCUUAUUUUGGGUGUGUCCAGUGCAUUAGUGGACCUCUGGGAAUGUACAGGAACUCCUUGCUGCAUGAAUUUGUGGAAGACUGGUACAAUCAGGAAUUUAUGGGCAGCCAGUGCAGUUUCGGUGAUGACCGGCAUCUUACGAACCGAGUGCUGAGUCUGGGCUAUUUAACAAAAUACACAGCUCGAUCCAAGUGCCUUACGGAAACACCUGUAGAAUAUCUCAGAUGGUUAAACCAGCAGACACGCUGGAGCAAGUCGUAUUUCCGAGAGUGGCUGUACAAUGCCAUGUGGUUUCAUAAACAUCACUUGUGGAUGACCUACGAAGCGGUUAUCACUGGAUUCUUCCCUUUCUUUCUUAUUGCCACAGUAAUCCAGCUCUUCUACCGCGGCAAAAUUUGGAACAUCCUCCUCUUCUUGUUAACUGUCCAGUUAGUGGGUCUCAUCAAAUCAUCCUUUGCCAGCUGCCUUAGAGGAAAUAUCGUCAUGGUGUUCAUGUCCCUCUACUCAGUGUUGUACAUGUCAAGUUUACUUCCCGCCAAGAUGUUUGCAAUUGCUACGAUAAACAAGGCUGGGUGGGGCACAUCUGGAAGGAAAACGAUUGUUGUUAAUUUCAUAGGACUCAUUCCAGUCUCAGUUUGGUUUACAAUCCUCCUGGGUGGUGUGAUUUUCACCAUUUAUAAGGAAUCUAAAAAGCCAUUCUCAGAAUCCAAACAGACAGUCCUGAUUGUUGGAACAUUGCUCUAUGUAUGCUAUUGGGUUAUGCUUUUGACUCUGUACGUGGUUCUCAUCAGCAAGUGUGGCAGGCGGAAGAAGGGACAACAGUACGACAUGGUGCUUGAUGUAUAAUCUUACAUUGUUGGAUGUUUGCAACCACACGUGCAGACACAAAACCUUAGUUCCUCUAGGGACUCUCUAGUAUUGUGGCAUGAGAUAAUGAAUUGCCACCACAGGAGACAUAUCACUGCUGCUGGGACUUGAACAAAGACAUUUCUAUGGGUUUUUUAAAAUUCUGCCAAAGUAAAAUGAUACAUCAACAAGAAACUCAGAUUUAACUUGUUAUUUCUAUGAAAAUGGGAAGACUUCUUUGUUUAUGCACUUUUUCCUUUACUGUACAUCCACCUAACAGUGUUUGCCCUAUAUACCUCACUAGCCAUGCUUUAUGUGGGUUAUUGUGGAAGAAAAGGAUUUUGGAAACUCAAGGAAAAGUUCUUACAACGUAUACAACCUAACUUAUGGACUGUGUUGUUAGCUAAUUUUUUUUUUUUUAGAAAGACUACCCAUUUUCUGUUUCAGACUACCAAAUGAAAUGCCAAAGGAAAUUUUAAAGGCCGUUGGCUAUGCUGUAAUUUUAUAUAAUUGUACUGUGUUUUAAAAUUUUGUAUGCCAAUUUUUUAAAACAAAUUUUGCAUAUUCUAUAUUUUACUUCUGCCAAAAUACACCUGUUUUCUUCCUUUUAAAAAAAAUUAAAUAAAAUAGGUUCUGAAAAAAAAUUCAAACUUAUAAAACCUGCCCAAAAUGUGAAGCGUGGUUGACUGAUGUUGUUCAUGAUAGAAAGAAUAAGUGUUUCUUUCUUCUCUACCUUAACAAAUUAAACAGUUUAUUUCUGUGAAACGUAUUUAAACAUCCAAUAUACUAACUUUCCUUCAUUUCUUUUUGUAAAGGCCAAUAUACCUGUCACAUUUCAGGAGUAAAAAUACAUAAUUAUGUGUACAAAAAAGUAAAUUGAAAGUCAAGGCCAAAGGGUAGAAAAGUGCAAUUUUUUUCAUAAGAAAAGGGAAAGCUAGUCCUCAAGAAAGCACCGGGCAUCCAGCACUGGACAGAACACAUUUAUCAAAGAUGAAUAACCGUUGGAGAUUCUGGCAGUGUUUUCUCAGGCUGAGGAAAAUGAGAAGUAGAAAAAAUUAUCUGUAUAAUUUGGAUAAAUGCAACACAGUUCCUCACAUUCCGUUCUGUGGCCUGAAUUCACCUGAUCCUAUUGAUAUAUUGAUCCUAUCAAAACUGUCUUUCCAGCUUGCCAGUUCACUUUCUGUGUCAGUAUGAAGUUCUUAUGAUCAAGUUGGAUCAAGUAUGAUAAAGAGAAAGCACACAGAUUCAAACCGUGUGCUCUUACUUUCUAGUGAGGCUUUUUCCUGAAUUCUACAGAUAAUUCAUCUUUUCUGUUGGCCAACAUAAAUAUGUUUACAUAGGAGAAAUGCUAUCAAGGUUUAAUAAGUAUCAAGAAUUGGCACAUAAAAAAUAAUGAGUCAGGUACCUGUAGUCUAGCUAAUUUUGCUUCUCCAGAUCCUUGGUUAUCCAGUCUGACUUGACAUGACCCAUCUUGCCUUGUAGCUGGUGCUGUGUAGACAGACCUAUGUUAAAAACACAGUUGAACACAUGAAUAGUUGCAUAGAAAGUAUUGUGAGGAAGCAAAGUCAUGUGGAAAAGCCUUCAUGUGCUUCCUGCCUUUCUGCUGCUUCAUGCAGACAUCUCUUGGUCCAUCCUAAGAAAAAGCACAUUCUACCUUCGGAACACAGCAAGGUACAUAACGCUCUGCCACUCCGACUCACUGAUUGGACAGCUUGUGGGAAACCGACACCAUGCCAAUAAAUGAGACUAAAACUUGAGUUUGCCUUUUUAACUAUUUAUGUUCUAAGUUAAACUUUGAUAACAUUCAAAUGUCAAAUUCUCUCAUUCUUAAAAAAGAUUGAAUUAAUUGCCUG